AUGCAGGAGAGGGGGAAGUGGGGCUGGAGUGGGUGGAAAGCAUGCAGGAGAGGGGGAAGGGGGGCUGGAGUGGGUGGAAAGCAUGCAGGAGAGGGGGAAGUGGGGCUGGAGUGGGUGGAAAGCAUGCAGGAGAGGGGGAAGUGGGGCUGGAGUGGGUGGAAAGCAUGCAGGAGAGGGGGAAGUGGGGCUGGAGUGGGUGGAAAGCAUGCAGGAGAGGGGGAAGGGGGGCUGGAGUGGGUGGUAAGCAUGCAGGAGAGGGGGAAGUGGGGCUGGAUGAGAGGGGGAAGGGGGGCUGGAGUGGGUGGAAAGCAUGCAGGAGAGGGGGAAGUGGGGCUGGAGUGGGUGGAAAGCAUUUUGGAGAGGGGGAAGGGGGGCUGGAGUGGGUGGAAAGCAUGCAGGAGAGGGGGAAAGGGGGCUGGAGUGGGUGGAAAGCAUGCAGGAGAGGGGGAAUGGGGGCUAAGGUGGGUGGAAAGCAUGCAGGAGAGGGGGAAGGGGGGCUGGAGUGGGUGGAAAGCAUGCAGGAGAGGGGGAAGGGGGGCUGGAGUGGGUGGAAAGCAUGCAGGAGAGGGGGAAGUGGGGCUGGAGUGGGUGGAAAGCAUGCAGGAGAGGGGGAAGGGGGGCUGGAGUGGGUGGAAAGCAUGCAGGAGAGGGGGAAGUGGGGCUGGAGUGGGUGGAAAGCAUGCAGGAGAGGGGGAAGUGGGGCUGGAGUGGGUGGAAAGCAUGCAGGAGAGGGGGAAGUGGGGCUGGAGUGGGUGGAAAGCAUGCAGGAGAGGGGGAAGGGGGGCUAAAGUGGGUGGAAAGCAUGCAGGAGAGGGGGAAGUGGGGCUGGAGUCGUUGGAAAGCAUGCAGGAGAGGGGGAAGGGGGGCUGGAGUGGGUGGAAAGCAUGCAGGAGAGGGGGAAGUGGGGCUGGAGUGGGUGGAAAGCAUGCAGGAGAGGGGGAAGUGGGGCUGGAGUGGGUGGAAAGCAUGCAGGAGAGGGGGAAGUGGGGCUGGAGUGGGUGGAAAGCAUGCAGGAGAGGGAGAAGGGGGGCUAAAGUGGGUGGAAAGCAUGCAGGAGAGGGGGAAGUGGGGCUGGAGUGGUUGGAAAGCAUGCAGGAGAGGGGGAAUGGGGGCUGGAGUGGGUGGAAAGCAUGCAGGAGAGGGGGAAGGGGGGCUAAAGUGGGUGGAAAGCAUGCAGGAGAGGGGGAAGGGGGGCUGGAGUGGGUGGAAAGCAUGCAGGAGAGGGGGAAGUGCGGCUGGAGUGAGUGGAAAGCAUGCAGGAGAGGGGUCAGGGGGGCUGGAGUGGGUGGAAAGCAUGCAGGAGAGGGGGAAGUGGGGCUGGAGUGGGUGGAGAGCAUGCAGGAGAGGGGGAAGGGGGGCUGGAGUGGGUGGAAAGCAUGCAGGAGAGGGGGAAGGGGGGCUGGAGUGGGUGGAAAGCAUGCAGGAGAGGGGGAAGGGGGGCUGGAGUGGGUGGAAAGCAUGCAGGAGAGGGGGAAGUGGGGCUGGAGUGGGUGGAGAGCAUGCAGGAGAGGGGGAAGGGGGGCUGGAGUGGGUGGAAAGCAUGCAGGAGAGGGGGAAGGGGGGCUGGAGUGGGUGGAAAGCAUGCAGGAGAGGGGGAAGGGGGGCUGGAGUGGGUGGAAAGCAUGCAGGAGAGGGGGAAGUGGGGCUGGAGUGGGUGGAAAGCAUGCAGGAGAGGGGGAAGGGGGGCUGGAGUGGGUGGAAAGCAUUUUGGAGAGGGGGAAGGGGGACUGGAGUGGGUGGAAAGCAUGCAGGAGAGGGGGAAAGGGGGCUGGAGUGGGUGGAAAGCAUGCAGGAGAGGGGGAAUGGGGGCUAAGGUGGGUGGAAAGCAUGCAGGAGAGGGGGAAGGGGGGCUGGACUGGGUGGAAAGCAUGCAGGAGAGGGGGAAGUGGGGCUGGAGUGAGUGGAAAGCAUGCAGGAGAGGGGGAAGGGGGGCUGGAGUGGGUGGAAAGCAUGCAGGAGAGGGGGAAGUGCGGCUGGAGUGAGUGGAAAGCAUGCAGGAGAGGGGGAAGGGGGGCUGGAGUGGGUGGAAAGCAUGCAGGAGAGGGGGAAGUCGGGCUGGAGUGGGUGGAGAGCAUGCAGGAGAGGGGGAAGGGGGGCUGGAGUGGGUGGAAAGCAUGCAGGAGAGGGGGAAGGGGGGCUGGAGUGGGUGGAAAGCAUGCAGGAGAGGGGGAAGGGGGGCUGGAGUGGGUGGAAAGCAUGCAGGAGAGGGGGAAGUGGGGCUGGAGUGGGUGGAGAGCAUGCAGGAGAGGGGGAAGGGGGGCUGGAGUGGGUGGAAAGCAUGCAGGAGAGGGGGAAGGGGGGCUGGAGUGGGUGGAAAGCAUGCAGGAGAGGGGGAAGGGGGGCUGGAGUGGGUGGAAAGCAUGCAGGAGAGGGGGAAGUGGGGCUGGAGUGGGUGGAAAGCAUGCAGGAGAGGGGGAAGGGGGGCUGGAGUGGGUGGAAAGCAUUUUGGAGAGGGGGAAGGGGGGCUGGAGUGGGUGGAAAGCAUGCAGGAGAGGGGGAAGUGGGGCUGGAGUGGGUGGAAAGCAUGCAGGAGAGGGGGAAGGGGGGCUGGAGUGGGUGGAAAGCAUUUUGGAGAGGGGGAAGGGGGGCUGGAGUGGGUGGAAAGCAUGCAGGAGAGGGGGAAGGGGGGCUGGAGUGGGUGGAAAGCAUGCAGGAGAGGGGGAAGUGGGGCUGGAGUGGGUGGAAAGCAUGCAGGAGAGGGGGAAGGGGGGCUGGAGUGGGUGGAAAGCAUGCAGGAGAGGGGGAAGUGGGGCUGGAGUGGGUGGAAAGCAUGCAGGAGAGGGGGAAGGGGGGCUGGAGUGGGUGGAAAGCAUGCAGGAGAGGGGGAAGGGGGGCUGGAGUGGGUGGAAAGCAUGCAGGAGAGGGGGAAGUGGGGCUGGAGUGGGUGGAGAGCAUGCAGGAGAGGGGGAAGGGGGGCUGGAGUGGGUGGAAAGCAUGCAGGAGAGGGGGAAGGGGGGCUGGAGUGGGUGGAAAGCAUGCAGGAGAGGGGGAAGGGGGGCUGGAGUGGGUGGAAAGCAUGCAGGAGAGGGGGAAGUGGGGCUGGAGUGGGUGGAAAGCAUGCAGGAGAGGGGGAAGGGGGGCUGGAGUGGGUGGAAAGCAUUUUGGAGAGGGGGAAGGGGGGCUGGAGUGGGUGGAAAGCAUGCAGGAGAGGGGGAAAGGGGGCUGGAGUGGGUGGAAAGCAUUUUGGAGAGGGGGAAGGGGGGCUGGAGUGGGUGGAAAGCAUUUUGGAGAGGGGGAAGGGGGGCUGGAGUGGGUGGAAAGCAUGCAGGAGAGGGGGAAGGGGGGCUGGAGUGGGUGGAAAAGCAUGCUGGAGAGGGGGAAGGGGGGCUGGAGUGGGUGGAAAGCAUGCAGGAGAGGGGGAAGGGGGGCUGGAGUGGGUGGAAAGCAUGCAGGAGAGGGGGAAGUGCGGCUGGAGUGAGUGGAAAGCAUGCAGGAGAGGGGGAAGGGGGGCUGGAGUGGGUGGAAAGCAUGCAGGAGAGGGGGAAGGGGGGCUGGAGUGAGUGGAAAGCAUGCAGGAGAGGGGGAAGGGGGGCUGGAGUGGGUGGAAAGCAUGCAGGAGAGGGGGAAGGGGGGCUGGAGUGGGUGGAAAGCAUGCAGGAGAGGGGGAAGUGGGGCUGGAGUGGGUGGAAAGCAUGCAGGAGAGGGGGAAUGGGGGCUGGAGUGGGUGGAAAGCAUGCAGGAGAGGGGGAAGUGGGGCUGGAGUGGGUGGAAAGCAUGCAGGAGAGGGGGAAGGGGGGCUGGAGUGGGUGGAAAGCAUGCAGGAGAGGGGGAAGUGGGGCUGGAGUGGGUGGAAAGCAUUUUGGAGAGGGGGAAGGGGGGCUGGAGUGGGUGGAAAGCAUUUUGGAGAGGGGGAAGGGGGGCUGGAGUGGGUGGAAAGCAUGCAGGAGAGGGGGAAGGGGGGCUGGAGUGGGUGGAAAAGCAUGCAGGAGAGGGGGAAGGGGGGCUGGAGUGGGUGGAAAGCAUGCAGGAGAGGGGGAAGGGGGGCUGGAGUGGGUGGAAAGCAUGCAGGAGAGGGGGAAGUGGGGCUGGAGUGGGUGGAAAGCAUGCAGGAGAGAGGGAAGGAGGGCUGGAGUGAGUGGAAAGCAUGCAGGAGAGGGGGAAGGGGGGCUGGAGUGGGUGGAAAGCAUGCAGGAGAGGGGGAAGGGGGGCUGGAGUGAGUGGAAAGCAUGCAGGAGAGGGGGAAGGGGGGCUGGAGUGAGUGGAAAGCAUGCAGGAGAGGGGGAAGGGGGGCUGGAGUGGGUGGAAAGCAUGCAGGAGAGGGGGAAGUGCGGCUGGAGUGAGUGGAAAGCAUGCAGGAGAGGGGGAAGUGGGGCUGGAGUGGGUGGAAAGCAUGCAGGAGAGGGGGAAUGA